AUGGAAGUGUCCGCGAGCUUGCCUGGUUCCAAAUACACACCAAAUAGGCUGGAAAACAUUGAGGAAGACAGUCCGUUAGGUUGCCUACAAGUGACUUGCCCUACACCAGAAACGCCUACUGAAUCCAUGGAGUUUCUUGCUAGAUCAUGGAGUCUCCCGGCUGUGGAACUUUCAAAAGCUCUUUCCCACACACAGAUUGCUGGUAACCAUGUUGAGAAGUCCCCUCUAUGUUCAGUUGGUGCUGAUCAAACCCAACUUAGAAGCUCUGCGGUUUCAAAGGAAUUUCAACCUAAAGAAUUACCAAAAGCUGAAAGCCCUCCAAUUUCUCCAAGUGGAAGUGAUGAUACAAAGCUCUACAGGAGCAUCAUGAGGGGAAAUACAGUGAGUAGAUUCCUGAAAGAUCAAAAAGAAAGGAAGAAGCAGGAGCUAAGAACCCAGAGUGCCCAAUUGCAUGCAGCUGUAUCUGUGGCAGGAGUUGCUGCUGCUGUCGCUGCUCUUGCGGCCUCAUUAGCAACUGGACCUGAAAAGGCAACUUUCCAAAAUAAGGCACCUUCAAAAACUUCUGCUGCAAUGGCAUCUGCAGCUGCUCUGGUAGCUUCGCAUUGCGUUGAGAUUGCAGAGGACAUGGGAGCUGAUCAUGAGCAAAUCCUAUCAGUUGUUGGUUCUGCAAUUAACGCGAGGACAAAUGGCGAUAUCAUGACCCUUACUGCUGGAGCAGCCACAGCCUUGAGAGGGGCUGCCACGUUAAGGGCAAGGUUGCAGAAGGGGUACGGAGCUUCCACCAUUGCUCUGGCUGAGCAGCAGACUGAAGAAGGUAAAGAAUUGAAUGUCUUGACAGCAUUGAAUUUUGUCUCCAAAGGUGGAGAAAUUCUUAAACGCACAAGAAAAGGAGAUCUCCACUGGAAGCAAGUCUCUUUCAACAUAAAUUCAAAUUGCCAGUUCAAGCAACGAUGA